ACCAGAAUAAAUCAUCCAAUUAAUUAAUAUUACAAAGAAUAUUUAAAAAAUAUAACAAUAUCAAAUCAAUUAAUAAGCAAUAAUGUUUGUUAAAGAUAUUCAAAAUCUAAAUUUAAAUGCAGACAUACAAAUUAAAUAUGAAUCAGAAGAUGAUAAACCGGACACUACAGAUAUAUCAUCAAAUGAUAUUUUAAAAAAUGAUAGUAACAUCGAUAAUAUUAAUAAUUUAGAUAAUAGAAUUAAUAAUAAUUGUAAUAAUAUUGAAAAUCAAAAAGAUUUUAAAAUAGAUAAUGUAAAAAACUGUGAUAAUAAACAAAGUGAAUUAGAUAUAAACGAAAAAAUUAAUAUUAAGAGAAAAAAUUCAAUUAAUUCAAUAGAAAAUAUAAAAAUUCUAAAAGAUUUUAAUGAAAAUCUUAAAAUGGAAACCAAAGAAAUCAUAAAUAAUAAUAAAAAUCAAUUAUAUGAAAAUAAUUUAAUUUAUAAGGAAAAUAUGUACCUGAAUUAUGAUAUUAAUGAAAGAAAUAGAAUUGAAAGUGAUCAAAUUAAUAAUUUAAUUAUUAAUAAUAAUGUUAAUGUACAUGGAAAUAAUAUGACAGAUGAUGAAAAACGAAAACAAUUAGUUAAAUCAGAAGAAUUUAAUUUAAGGCUAUCAGAAAGUUCACAACAGAAUCGUAUGCGAUUAGCUAUUGGAUUAUUAUUACGUAUUGUAUUACCAUUUGCAAAUGGUGUUGCCAGCAGAUUAAAAAAUUUUCGCACUGAUAAAAUAUGGAAGAUGUUAAGAAAUUUAGGUACAAAUAAACAAACAAUAACAAAUAUGUUAGCAUAUGCUGCAAAUACAAUAUCAUUAGGAUUGUCAUCAGUACAAGUAUCACAUAGAAUUGAUCCUCUUAUUAAAAUAAUUAAAUUGAAAAAAGCCCAAAUUUUUGAACGUCACUAUGAUAAAAGUCGAACAAUAACAUCAUUAACAGAAUCAUCAUCUCAAAUUAGUUGGGAGACAAAACGAAUUAUUUAUAGUCCUAUACGUCAUUUAAGUUUACCAAAGAUUCAACCUCCCGAACUGAUAGAAACAGCUGAACAAUGUGUUAGUAUAAAAGUAUUAGCUGAGCCACCAGAAGGUCAACCAAUACGAGCUGAUAUAAUUUUUAUACAUGGAUUACAUGGUUCAUUACCAAAUACUUGGAAACAAGGUUUAUGGAGUAAUGAAAGAAUGCCAGUAGAUUUUGAAAGACCACCAAAGCCACCAUUAAGACCACCAAAAAGACCAAGAUAUUCACGUUCAAAUAUUUUUGUUCCACCGCAUUCAAAUAAGAAACCAAGAUGGGCAGAAAAUUUCAAUGAAAAUGACAUAUCAUUAAUAAAUGAUAAUUUUGAUUAUAUUUUAAAUCGAGAAGAUGAAAAAGAAAAUAUUAGAUAUUUCGAUUCUCCAUUUAAAGAAUCGAUUUCAUCUCAAGAUGAAUCAAAUGAUUAUUUAAAUGAUACUGAUUAUGCAACAUAUCCAACAUUCCGAUUACGAUUAGAAGAUUAUCAUUGUCAGUCACCACGUCCAAGAUCAGCUAAAAACCGUCCGAAACAUGCUGAACCAACUGAAGAAGAUAUUUUUCCAUUUGAACAACCAUAUUCAAGAUGUUGGCCCGGCGAUUGGUUACCAUUAGAUUGUCCUGGUGUAAGAGUAAUAGCAGUUAAUUAUACAACAGAUCCACAUUUAUGGCGUCCAAUAUGGAUUAAAAAACAUCAUCGAUCAUCGAUGUCAGAACGUGUUCGUGUAAUGACUGAACGUUUAAUAAAAUUAAAAGUUGGUCAAAAUCAUCCAAUCGUUUGGGUUGGUCAUUCAAAAGGUGGCCUAUAUUUAAAACAAAUAUUAGUUGAUGCUUGGGAAAGUGGAAAACAAGCAUCUGCACCACUAUGGCAAAAUUCUAGAGGUGUAUUUUUUUAUUCUGUACCACAUCGUGGCUCUGCCUUAGCUGAUAUUAAUUUACCGCUUGUUCGAAGAUCUAUUGAGUUGGUUGAAAUUGAGAAAAAUUCAAAAGUUUUAGCAGAUCUACAUCGUCGUUUUGUUAAUCUUUACUAUAGUCGACAUUUAAAAAUCGAAGUAUUUAGUUUUGUUGAAACGGCGAUGACAUUUAUGCAAGUUGUUUAUUUACGAAUUGUUGGAGUUGAUUCUGCAGAUCCAGGAAUUGGUGAUGUUUGUGGCUUACAAUUAGAUCAUAGAGAAAUUUGUAAACCAAGAAGUCGUAAAUGUAUCCUAUAUACAGAAUUAGUUAAAAUGAUUAAUAAAGUUUGUUAAAUAAAAAUAUAAUUUUUAAUAUUAUAAUUUAGACAGGCUUAUAUACUGAUAUAUAUAUAUAUAUAUAGAAUAUAUAUUUUUGUAUAUAUAUUUAUCUGAUAUUAUAGAAUUUAAAAAUAGAAAGAAACUUUUGAAAUUGUUAUAUAAUUAUGAUUCACAUUAUUUUUAUUUGUAAUAUUAAAAUUAUCUUUUAUGUAUAAGAGAAUAAAUUCAUAUAUAGAUUUAUAUAUACAUAUUUUUUUUUUUUGUUAUAAGUUUCAUCCUAAAUUAAAAAUUGUUAUAAUUUUAUUGUUUUCAAAUUGUAGUUGUAUAUAAAUUAAUGGUAAAUAUUGAAUAUUUGAUGAAUAUAACAGUUUUGUUGGCUAAAAAAAAAAAUUUAUGUAUAAUGAAAAAUCCAAAAAUUUUAUUAGCAAUUUAUGAAAAUUUAAAAAAAAAAUUUGGAAUCAUAUACAAAGUUUUUGUUUAAACUCUUAUAUUUAAUAGAAUUUAUAAAGAAAAACAAAAAAUAUAAAUAAAUGAUGUUAUACAUUGUUUAAAAAUAAAUGAAGAAUGUAAAAUA